AUGGAUCUUGGAGAGAUUGUUGUGGCUGAACAUCCUGGUGAGAGGGAGUUGUACACAGACCAGGCACCAAAAGCCCGGAACCUGCUGUGGAAAAGUGGAAGUCGGAUCCACCGCGUUUUGGGGUAUCUCACAGGAGAAAUGAAGGAAUAUGGAGAGUGGAUGAAAAAUAAGCCCUUAAUGGUUCAGCUAGUGGAUUGGGUCUUGAGAGGGACCUCUCAGGUGAUGUUUGUCAACAACCCCCUCAGUGGGCUGAUCAUUUUAGUGGGGAUCUUCAUCCAGAGCCCAUGGUGGAUGUUAACAGGCUGUACUGGAACGACUGUAUCAACAUUAACUGCCCUGGCUCUCAGUCAGGAGAGGUCAGUCAUUGAAGCUGGACUGCAUGGCUACAAUGGGCUCUUGGUAGGACUUCUCAUGGCUGUCUUCUCUGACAAAGGGGAUUACUACUGGUGGCUUCUUCUUCCUGUGGCAGUUAUAUCGAUGGCCUGUCCAAUCCUGUCCAGUGCUUUGGGAUCCGUCUUCAGUAAAUGGGACCUUCCUGUUUUGACUCUGCCCUUCAAUAUUGCAGUGACUUUGUACUUGGCAGCCACAGGACACUACAACCCCUUCUUCCCUACAACCCUCAUCAAGCCUGUGGCAUCAGUGCCCAAUAUCACCUGGUCUGCAAUCAAUGUGCCACUGCUCUUGCAAUCCAUCCCAGCUGGUGUGGGUCAAGUGUUUGGUUGUGAAAACCCUUGGACUGGAGGCAUCUUCCUUGUUGCUUUACUUAUCUCCUCCCCACUUAUUUGUUUACAUGCUGCAAUUGGAUCAACAGUGGGAAUGUUUGCAGCACUGAGCAUUGCAUCACCAUUUGACAGCAUCUACCUUGGCUUACACAAUUACAACUGCGCACUCGCCUGCAUUGCCACCGGGGGCAUGUUCUAUGCCCUGACCUGGCAGACUCAUUUGCUGGCACUUGCCUGUGCAUUAUUUUGUGCCUACUCUGGAGCAGCUCUUGCCAAUUCCCUGUCUGUGCUUGGGCUGCCACUCUGCACCUGGCCUUUUUGCUUGUCCACACUUCUCUUUCUGCUGAUAAGUUCAGAAAACCCAGCCAUCUACAGAAUCCCCCUCUGCAAAGUCACCUACCCAGAAGCCAACCGGAUUUUCUACCUGAGAAUGAAGAGAAGAGCAUCAGAGAGCAGGAGAGAAGACCUGAAAAGAAAGGAGCAGAAGAUCUCCAUCGACUCAAAAAUAAGCACAGGAGGCACCCCCCUGUGCACCCCCAAAAUCCGCCACGCUUACUGAUUUCAGAUACCCACCACUGCACAUUUUUAGGGGCACUUUUUCAAGGGCUAGCCAAGUACACCAACUUUGGCAGAAGCCUGCAGACUGAGGAUUCAGCAUCCCACACUCUGGAGAAAACAUGAUUUGACCUUGAGCUAAGCUUUCCAAAAAGCCCUCAGAUAACAUAACGGCUGCCUUAUCAAUCCAUAUGCUGUUAACUUGAAAGUCACCUCUCAUCAAUAAUAAUUAUAAAAAUGGGCAGAAGAAUGUUGACAAGAGGCUGUACUUAAAUUCAGAUGUGUAAUUUAACAAAAUAAAUAUGCUGAGGACUUGGUAUGUAAGAAUAAUAAAUAAUGAAAGAACUAUGUCAAGAGCUGCACUUCA